AUGGGAAGCUGUAUCUCUUCCAGAUCCAAAGUGGAUUCCUCUCUAAGCAGCGGCUGCUCGAAUUAUGGUAAGCCGAACUCACCAUUCUAUCCGCUGCAUCUUCUGUCCUCCGCUUGCCCUUUCUAUCCACCGCACCCAUGCUGAAAACAUACUUGUUUCUUAUGAUUCGCACCGAUUACAUCAUUUAAUCGUUGGAUGGGCCAGGAAAACAUGGAAGUUAUUGCCAAAUUCCUUCUCCCCAAAUAAAAUGCAGGGGUUAAAAUGCAUGUUAAAGUUCUAGCCAAAAAUCCUUAUUUAAACGAUAAUAAACCUCAGAGUCUAAAGAUUUUCGGGAACAGGUUUAACAAAGCUUAAGAGCGGUGAUCUCAUCAUCAGAUAUGUCCUGUCUCCACAGGUUCAAGUUUCUAGUUUUUUUUUUCUUGACUUUUUCUUUGUGGGAUUUCAGAUUCGUCAAUUGGUUGGCCACAUGGCCAUUCACAACAGUUUAAACAUGUUCACCAAUGCUCAUUUUUCCUUCCAUCGACAACAGAUAGUAAGCUGGGGAAUGAAGGAAGCAGAGACCAGCCAACAGCUAAUGUUGCCUCUGGUUCCACCAGCGCCAGUAACACAGAAAGCAGUAGCUCUUCGACGCCCAAGCUUUCCGAGCAUAUGAAAGUCGCAUGCCAGCUCAGGAAGUUUACCUUCAAUGAACUAAGACUGGCCACGAGGAAUUUUAGACCAGAGAGCCUUCUUGGGGAGGGAGGCUUUGGCUGUGUCUUCAAGGGGUGGAUUGAGGAGAACGGAACUGCUCCUGUGAAGCCUGGCACUGGUCUCACCGUUGCUGUGAAAACACUUAACCAUGACGGGCUUCAAGGGCAUAAAGAAUGGCUGGUAUAUAUCCCUUUCUGGGCUCCUGUCUUCUACUGGUCGCAGUUUUCAUUUCCUUGUUUUGGAUUUCCAGGCCGAGGUUAACUUUCUUGGAGAUCUCCUCCACCCAAAUUUGGUCAAACUUAUCGGGUACUGCAUUGAGGAUGAUCACAGAUUGCUUGUCUAUGAAUUCAUGCCCCGGGGCAGUUUGGAAAACCACCUGUUCAGAAGUAUGUAGCUCAUCCCCUUCGAAGAAUUUUUGUUCUUUUCUGUUGGCUUCUGAUGUGAAUGGACCUCAACCCUUAUCGUGUAUCCUGGGAUUCUAGAAAGUGCCUAAUUCUAGCAUUUCACUUUUUUUUUUUCUCAUCAGCUCUGUCGUCAAAGUUCUAAUGUUUUUCAUGUAAAGGGCAUUUUGGAUCUCAUUCUUGUCUAUUUGUGCCAUGUUUUGGUAUAUAGGUAUGUUAGCGGUUAAAUUGGGGAUCCCUGUCUGGGGACUGCCGUCUAAGUUGAUGAUCAUUAGUAUGACAACGACUCCACAGUGAUGGGAAGGGGUGAAGGUCGUUAUAGUGAAAUAGCAAACCAACAUUUUUCUUUUUCAGUAAUCGUUGUGAGAUCUUUACCUUCCACAUAUGGUGUGAAGCUGUAUUUUUUUCUUGCUUCAUUUUUCGUUGUUUCUUUUCCUCUUCGUCCCAGUUUCUUUUGCUUCACACAUGGGAGAAAUAUAAACUGAUUUUCUUUUGCCACCCACAACAAAACUAAUUUGAUAGUCAGUUGACGAUAUGGGUCUUGUGUGGGCUUGUGAUAUAUCUUUGAAGAAUACCUCUCUCUCUCUCUCUCUCCCCCUCCCCCCCCCGUUUGUUCUGCCUGGUUUUUCUUUCUCUCUCCCCCUUUCUCCUCCUCUCAAACCCUCUCACUUUUAUCAAUAUCAAUGCCCGUUGUACCCAUUGUGUCAUCUCUGUCGCUGAAAAGAGAAGCGCAUGAUAGCUUGAAAAGUUUCAAUGAAACAAUUGCAUGGGACAAUAUACAGGAAGCUAGUGGCAUUUUUUUCAUGUUAUGUGCAGAAUAAGGUUAUAAAUUGUGUUUUUACAUCCUUUCUAUGGCAAGGCAUCCGAGUUCUCCAUAUGGCCAUGCUUAACCUGUGAUUCCUAGUUCAAAUCCUGUUAAUGUGGAAGUCACUGAUUUGAGGAAAUUUUAAUAUCAGGCAAUUCAUUUGUUCUAUUCUUUUUGUGCUGGUAAGAUGGGUAGACUGUGAUAUGAAUGAGUUCGUUAUAAACAGCUCUCACAUGUCAUUAAGCUUUUUACAUGAUGUCUUCUUUCGCAGGCAUUUCUCUUAGCUCGUCUAUUUUUUAAUGGUCUCUGUUACCCAUGUUUACGCACAGAAGGGUCCCUGCCACUUCCAUGGUCCACUAGGAUGAAGAUUGCUCUUGGUGCUGCCAAGGGGCUUGCAUUUCUUCACGAGGAAGCUGAAAGACCAGUGAUUUACCGUGAUUUCAAAACAUCCAACAUCCUCUUAGAUGCGGUAGGCAGUGACAUUAGACAUAAUCGAAUGCUGGGAUUUCAGAUCCCCUUUUUUGCUCUGACACCUUCUCUAAAUGUGUCUUUCCAGGAUUACAAUGCUAAACUUUCUGAUUUUGGGCUUGCAAAAGAUGGGCCUGAAGGAGAUAAGACACAUGUUUCCACACGAGUGAUGGGGACUUACGGUUAUGCGGCGCCGGAGUACGUAAUGACUGGUACACACAUGCCAUUUUAAAAUUACUCAGUUCCUUCUGUUUUUCGUUCACGGUUGAUUUUUACUAAAUAGGGUUUUGAGUAUAUCAGUCAGCAUUUGCAGCCGUUUCACUCAAUGGAGACAUGUAACUUUCGAAGAGUCUUGUAUACUUUGUAAGCAAAGAUUCGGUUGCUUCUCCAUUUUAUGUUUUCACUGAUUUCAUUUGAAACGGGAUCCUUUCCUCAGCUCCGUUCAUAAAACCAAGAAUCAAAUGGGAUUUGCAAAUAUAAUUUUCUAUGCACAUAAAAGCACCACUGUGUCACAGAAAAUAACAGAUGAACAGAACAGUCAUAGGUUGCUACUCUCUUCUGGUCACAAUUUCUGGGCAGUGUAAGAAUCCUUCUCCAUUGCUCUCACAUGUGAACACAUGAGAACAUGAUAUGGGUAAUUCUCCUAACGCGGGGCAGCCCUAUUCUCUGAAGAAGAGUGUCUACGUUCGGCUGUGGCUAUGCAAACAUAAGCUGGUAGCAUCCCAUACUUUGCUGUUCAAGCCAGUCUCUCUGUGUUGACUCAUGGAUUAAAAGGGGGAAGCCAUCUCUCCCUGAUUUGCUAAUAUUCUUCUCAUUCUCAUGGAACACCAUACAGAAAUCAAAUUUUUCCGCUUCCAUCAUUAUCCCAAAAAAUGUUCGCUUCCUUGUUCGCUCAGAUCAUUGCUUGGAUCACCAGUCAUCGGAUUAUAUGCAUUCUGAUCCUGAAAGGUACCUGUCUCGGCAUGGCAGGGCACCUGACCUCGAAGAGCGAUGUCUACAGCUUCGGGGUUGUCCUUCUGGAGAUGCUAACAGGGCGAAGAUCCAUGGACAAAAACCGGCCCAAUGGAGAGCACAACCUGGUGGAGUGGGCUCGACCCCACCUCAACGAGAGGCGCUCCUUCUACCGGAUAGUUGACCCUCGGCUGGAGGGCCAUUUCUCCAUCAAAGGUGCCCAGAGGGUUGCCCAGGUGGCCCAGCGGUGUCUCUGCCGGGACUCCAAGGCCCGGCCCCUCAUGAGCCAGGUGGUGGAAGCUCUGAAGCCCCUGAUCAACCUCAAGGACAUGGCUAGCUCUUCCUACUUCUUCCAAAGCAUGCAAGCCCAGCGCGCAGUGGCGCAGGUCAACGGCUCGAAUUCCAGAAAGGGCUUGAGUCCACAGGCUUCCCUCACAAGAGAUGCUCAGCGGCAUGUGAGGAACCUAUCUAGCAGUGCCCACCCUUCUCCAUACCACCAGUCAAUAGACCCUGUUGGUAAACAGAACUCUUAA